UCUUACAUAUAACAGGUUUGAUGUCCAGUGCACAUGACUGCUUUUUUACACAACAGCCUUCACAAGGAAAAUGCUUCAGCUUUUGUCACAAACCAACCUGUAUCCUGGUAAUUUAAGAGGACACAGGAGAGCACUGAAAGAACCAAAGGAUCCUGACAAGAUAUAUAAACCCUGACUGGUUUUCCUCCCUGAAAGCAGUUAUCUCAUCUUCUCUGCCCGUCGUCACUUCAGUGAAAGAUGGCAUCAGGUUUUAACUUGGCUUUCUUUCUCUGUUUGACCAGUGGACUGUUCAUUGUAGGAACUAUGUCGACCACUGAUGACGACACUAACAAGGAAGUUUCUAGCUGUCCUCCAGGUUGGACUCAGUUUGGCUCUCGCUGUUUCAUUUUCUUCCACAGUCCAAAGACGUGGAUUGAUGCAGAGCAUACCUGCAUUUCUGCAGGUGGGAAUCUGGCCUCCAUUCACAGCGCUGACGAAAAUGUCUUCCUCAGAAACCUGAUUGUGCAAGUGACUAGCCAACACUUGCACACCUGGAUUGGAGCCCAUGAUGGAGUCCAGGAGGGAAAAUGGAUGUGGAGUGAUGGCUCAAAGUUUGACUAUCAGCGCUGGAGUAUCGGGGAGCCCAACAAUUACAAUAUUGAACACUGUGCAGAGAUGAACUGGGGAGGAAACUACUGGAACGACAGCCAGUGUCAACACGGAAAACAUUUUGUCUGUGCCAAGGACCUGUGAUACAACGACAACUUCCUCUUCAAUGUCAGGCCCUAAUAACAAUCAGUGUUAGCUGUACUGACAGUUUAAAUUGUCCAAAAGGUCCCAUAAAGCUAUUUUCUUCUGUUUUACUUAUUUUACCUUUUAAACAUGAUGUAAUGAAUCAGCCAAUCAAAAAUAUAUUUAAAAAUGUAAGCAUU